AUGGAGGUCACAGCGCUCAGCGUCCGGCUGCUGAGGAAUGUGUUGCUGGUUGCACAAAUUCACCUUCAUCAUGCCCAAGAUGUUUUCUUUGCUCAGAUCGUUCCAAGCAGACUGCAGCUCUUUGAACACAGCUCCCUCUCCAUCGACUGUGAGGGAUUCCACCCAGCGACUCGGUGGGCCGUCCUCAGGAAGACGGAGGGACGAGUCAGCACAUGCGUCUCCGGUUGGGCGACCGUCUGCGCCGUCAAACCGGCGUUUCUCAGCGACAGUGGAGAGUACUGGUGUGAAGGUGGAGUGGAGAGAAGCAACGCCGUCAACAUCACCGUCACAGCUGGAGCCGUGAUCCUGGAGAGUCCAGUUCAUCCUGUGAUGGAGGGAGAAGAUGUGACUCUGCGCUGUUGGAGUAAAAUGACCUCCUCAGCCCACAUGGCUGAUUUCUUCAAAGAUGGUCGACACGUCGGCGCCAGCUCCACAGCAGAGAUGGUCAUCGGCAACGUUUCAAAGUCCGAUGAAGGACUCUACAGGUGCAGCAUCUCAGAAUUUGGAGCUUCGCCACAGAGCUGGUUGACUGUCAGAGCACCUUACAGAGCGACUCCUCAGUCUUCAGGCCAGUCCUGCCAAAUCUACCAGAUUCUGCGGACGGUUUUUGUCGUACUGAUGUUGGUUCUGCUGCUGGGACUCCUUCACUGUGGCAAACUCAGACUGACAUAG